CACACGGAGCUCCUCUGCGCAUCUGGUCGUCAUCAUCCUCAUCCUCAGCUGCAGCAGCUCUUCCUGCUCAGAUGUGAGUCAGUCAGGCUGGGAAGAGAGCUUCUCCUUCUCCUUCUUCUUCUUCUUCUUCUUCUUCUCAGAGGACUUCUCUCGCGCUCAAACAGCAGGACGAGCUGAAAUACUGAAGCUACAUCUGGUUUUGCGCGCCGCCGCUGGAUGGAUUGGCUGUACUAAGUUUUGAUGUGGAAAAGUAGGCGAGGAGAAAAAGUUUGCUGAAGUUUUUCCUGAUCUGGAUGUGAACACACCCGCCCUCUGCUCGGCUAACCCGGGUCUCUCUCUGUGGCUCCUGGAGGCGCUGCUGCUGCUGCUGCGUCCUAUGCACGGAGGAUCCUCUCUGCUCGCGUUUCUUGUUUUUUCUUCUUCUUCUUGUCGCCGCUCCGUUUCUCCCGCUGUUCCUCUCUUGCGUCAUGACUUCUAGCUAUGCACAUGUAAUGGACAGGCAAGCGUCUCUAUCAAACCGCCUGGAGAGUCCGAUCACGUCGAACCUGGACAACCUGCAAGCCAAAAAGAACUUCUCGGUCAGCCACCUGUUGGAUCUGGAGGAGGCCGCGGAAAUGGUGGGCAGCCAGGCGGACGAGAGCGUCGGGGAGGCGGGGAGGAAUAUGCUGGAGUCCCCGGGGUUGACCAGCGGGAGCGACACGACCCAGCAGGAGAAUGAACAGAUGAACACGGAGGAGAAGAAGAAGAGGAAGCAGCGCAGGAACAGGACCACCUUCAACAGCAGCCAGCUGCAGGCUCUGGAGCGAGUGUUCGAGCGGACACACUACCCGGACGCCUUCGUCAGGGAGGACCUGGCCCGCCGCGUCAACCUCACCGAGGCCAGAGUCCAGGUUUGGUUUCAGAACAGGAGAGCGAAGUUUCGCAGGAACGAGCGCGCCAUGCUGGCCAGCAAAAACGCCUCCCUCCUCAAGUCGUACUCCGGAGACGUGACGGCGGUGGAGCAACCGAUCGUUCCGCGUCCAGCACCGCGCCCAAACGACUACCUGUCCUGGGGCAGCGCCGCCCCCUACAGCUGGUAUCCGAUGCCGGAGGGGGGGCCAGUGCGGGUGCCACAGAAAAUGCUGCCCUCAGAGAACAACGCCAUGGCAACCUACCCGCCCACCUGCUCCAACAACAACACGUCCCAGGGAAUGAACAUGGCCAACAGCAUCGCCAACCUGCGGCUCAAAGCCAAGGAGUACAGCUUGAACCAGGUGCCCACGGUCAACUGAGAGGAGGAGAGGCGAGGGGCGGGAGGGGGGGGGGGAGGGGGGGGGGAGGGAGGAGGACCCCUGCAGACUGACACCGUCUCUGGAUCAUGAAGCCUCCUCUCCUUCCUGGAGCCUCGGUGGUGUUUUCACGCCUUUAUGCAAAAAAAAGUUGGAGAGCGAGUGAUGACAGGAUUUUCCCUGAAACGCCUUUUUUUUUUUUUUUACUCCUCCUGAGCGUCACUGAACUCAUAUUUGUACAAAAAAGACAUCUGGACUGGAUGCUGUAGCCGAAUAUGUGUGUAGUUUUUUAUCGUGUCAUUGUGACUGAAAAUUCAUUUU